AUAGAUGUUCACAAAGUAAGUGAACGAUAGUGUGAUUAGAAGACCUCAACAAGAGAGGAGUAACAUUCACAAGUGUUUAACGCUUUAACUUUAAACUAACCGCGAAGGGAUUUACCCAGGAUGAGAUCCCUUACGUUAUUGUUGCUCGUAGUUAGCUGCAGUCUGCUCAUUUCCACAGCAUUCGCCCACCCGCCCGAAGGAGUCUGGAAGAAGAAACUUGUCUGGAAAGAAGACUGGGUUCAAAUUUGGAAGACUGUCAAAAAAGAAGCAUGGGAAACAAAAUGGAAGAAAAUUCAAGUGCCAAUUUGGAAAGAAGUUCAAGUCCCAAUUUGGAAAGAAGUCCAAGUGCCCGACUGGAAAAUUGUGAAAAAACCCCACAUCGAAGAACGUGAAGUACCCGCUUGGAAGGAAGAAAAAGUCCCAGAAUGGAAGAAAAUCAACAAACCCGUGUGGAAAGAAAUCAAAGUUCCAAUUUGGAAAGAAAUUCAAGUACCCGAAUGGAAGCAAAUGUUUGUCCCCGAAUGGGUUAAAAUGGGAAUACCCGGUGAGAAAUUCCUCGGCAAAGAUCACGAAGGUUGGGAAUACACAAGUCAUGAUUUAUGGCGAAAGAAAUUGAUUUGGAAACCAGUCUGGAAGAAGGUCUGGCGUACAGAGAAAAAACAAGAAUGGGUGCCAGAGAAGAAACUCGAAUGGAAGGAAGAAUGGAUUCAAGUUUGGAAACAAGUGAAAAAACAAAUCUGGAUCAAGGAGAAACGUGAAACCUGGGUGGAAGAGAAAGUACAAAUUUGGCGAACAGAGAAGAAACAAGCCUGGGCCACAGAGAAGAAGGAAGCCUGGAAAGACGAAUGGAAGUCGAUUCAAGUGCCAGUGUGGAAGGAAGUUAAGGUGCCAGCAUGGAAGAAGGUCUGGAAGCCGGUAUGGGAAAAGGUGUGGGUGCCAAUUCAUCAUGAACAUCAUGAACACCAUGAACAUCAUGGAUGGGAUUGAGAGCGCUGUUUAGUAAAUGUAUAGAGACUAAACUUAAAUGACUUGUUAUCCUCUUAUAGUUAAGUGCAUUAAGUGUACCAACUCCACACGACUGUUUUCAUGCUGUAAAUACUCUUCAGCUAUAAUUUUCCCUUUCCUUAACUCUUCUCGUCUAUCUGAACUUUUCCUUUUAUAUUCAAGUGUACCAUGUGUUUUUUGUGUAUAUAGUCAGAGCCAUCUGUUUAGCGGGUGGUGCAACAAACAAACUUCCUUAAUGUCUAAGAAAAAAUAAAGAAACUGAAUGAUUUCACGAGUAAACGCUGUUAGAAUGUUUAAAAUUGUUAUAGUUUUUUAAGUUUAACGAAACGAAAGUUAUUUUCUGUAAAUAAACGAAUCUUUUACGAAAAAAUUUAAAACAAAA